GGCACAUUCACCCUUCGGACAUUGUGCGGAGUUGUGGUCGUAUAGUGCCAUGCCUUGUCCGGUAUUACUGAUUUGAGCCUGCUUCUUGCUAUCUCCUGCUUGUGCCCAUCAUGUCUUCGCUAUUCAAGAACCUCCGAAUUCAUCAGGUCUUCGGAGCGAACACAGAUGUUGGCAAGACCAUACUAACAACAGCGCUCGUCCGGGCAUCGGCAUGGAAGAAUAUCCCUGUCCAUUAUCUGAAACCCGUGAGCACGGGCCCAAUCGAAGAUGCAGAUGAUAGACAUGUCAAUUGCUUUGCCCACGCUCAAGGCAAAGAUGUGCGUGCGAAAUGCUUGUUCCGUUUUGACGAGCCUGUCAGUCCGCAUCUAGCAGCUAGACUCUCCAACAGACAGGCAGAUGUCCCAACCGACGAGGCGUUUGUCACCGCUGUGGCAGAUAGUAUCAGGCAAACGGCGCAUCAGACGAGCCGCCCGUCGCACAUGUACAUAGAGACCGCAGGAGGUAUUCAUAGCCCUACGCUCUCCGGAACAACACAAGUGGAUGCCUACAGACCUCUGUUCUUGCCUACAGUACUAGUCGGUGAUGCCCACCUCGGUGGUAUAUCAACCACUAUCUCGUCAUACGAAUCUCUGCUGCUCCGAGGCUAUAUCAUCGACCUGGUUUUACUCUUCAAGGAUGCUUACUACAGAAACUUCGAGUAUCUGAUGCCAUACUUCUCGGAACGCGGUAUUCGUGUGCUGCCACUAGAUCCUCCGCACAAGCGACUGGCCAACCCCGACGAGGAACGCACGGAGAUGGGCAAAUACUACUCUUGUCUCGUACCGGACUCUCUUCAGGGCGGCAUGUUCGAUGCGCUCGAGCAUCUGGACCAAUGUCACGCGAAACGGGUAGCGGAGCUCGACUCCAUGCCACAGCGCACCGCCGACACAAUCUGGUGGCCAUUCGUCCAGCACGGGCUCGUGAAGGCGCCAUCUGACAUCAAUGUCAUUGACAGUGCAACCAAAGACUUCUUCUCUAUCUACAACGGUCACAAAGCGAAAGCAACUCAAGAAGCCCCGACUGCGUCACUCCUUGAGCCGCAGUUCGAUGGGUCUGCCUCUUGGUGGACUCAGGCUAUCGGACAUGCGCAUCCAUCGCUCACCCUCGCUGCUGCACGGGCUGCAGGGCGCUACGGCCAUGUCAUGUUUCCCGAAGCGACACACGCGCCCGCCCUCCGUCUCGCUGAACGCCUCGUGCACGAGGGGCCCGGCAAGGGCUGGGCGUCGCGUGCGUUCUUUUCCGACGACGGGUCCACCGGGAUGGAGGUCGCGCUCAAGAUGGCGCUCCGUGCGUAUGCCUCACGCAACACGGCGGCGAAGCCCGAGAGGAAGCCUAGGAAGGACCUCGGCAUACUUGGGCUCAAGGGCAGCUACCAUGGGGACACCAUCGGCGCGAUGGAUGCCUGCGAGGAAGGCGUGUAUACGUGCGAGUGGCACGACGCCAAGGGGUACUGGCUUGAUCCGCCCACGGUCUCCAACAAGAAGGGACGAGUUGUCGUAUCGCUUCCCCAGUCGAUGGCCUCCACAGCAGACGGAAUGUCCGAGGUUGACGUAGGAUCACUGCAGCAGGCCUACGACGUACAGUCGCGGCUGGAGAGCCCACUUGCCGACGUCUACCGCAACUUCGUCGCCAGCACGCUCAAGAAGCUGAAGGAGCGCGGCACUCCCGAGAUUGCCGCUCUCGUGCUCGAGCCCCUCGUCAUGGGCGCAGGCGGCAUGAUCUUCGUCGACCCGCUCUUCCAGCGCGUCCUCAUCGACGUCGUCCGCGCGUCCGAGCCUCACCCACCCGCGAAAGGCGGCUGGUCCGGCCUCCCGGUUAUCUUUGACGAGGUCUUCGUCGGAUUCUACCGUCUCGGGCUACGAACCACGGGUCCGCUGCUCGGCGUUAACCCCGACAUUUCCGUACACGCGAAGAUCCUGACAGGAGGUCUGCUCCCGCUCGCAGUCACGCUUGCUUCGGACUCGAUCUUCCAGGCGUUCAACAGCGACAGCAAGCUGGAUGCGCUGCUUCACGGACACAGUUACACCGCGUAUCCUGUAGGGUGCGAAGUCGCGAACGAGACGCUGAGCAUCGUGGAGAAGCUAGCGGAGAGCGACCAAUGGGACCAAGCCCGGGCACAAUGGGGGAUCGACAAAUCCGAAAAGCGGGCUGAGACAGCGGUCUGGAGCUUAUGGACCCCGGAUUUCAUCGACAAGCUCACCAGGCUGGACGCUGUUGACGAGGUCAUGACGCUCGGCACGGUGCUCGCCUUCAAAAUCCGGGACAACGCUGGCGGCUAUCAGUCUCAUUCUGCGCAAAAAGUCUUGCAGUCACUUCGCCUGCCGACGAAGGAGCAGACAUCAUCAUCAGCCCCUGGGGGCGCGCCCUUCGGCAUGCACUACCGCACAUUGGGCGAUGUUGCGUAUUUCAUGCUUAGCUUGAACACGUCGGCUACGGUUGUGCAGACGGUGCAGAGCAGGAUCCUUGCGGCCUUGCAGUCCAACUGAGGUUUGCCGUAGCCCGUUGGAGAUCUUGCGGCAGGUCGAACGAGAUGGAGUGCGUCCGUAGCGUAGCGCUGUGCAUAUGGACUUUAGCAAUGAGCUAAAAUUCUAGGCUAUCAGCUACAC